AUGACCUCCGAGGGCGGGCCGCCGCCGGCCCCGCUCCGCCGCGCCCGCAGCCCGGGCCCCGGCGCGCUCCAGGCCGCCCUGAUGAGCCCGCCGCCGCCCGCCGCGGCCGCCGCCGCCGCCGCCCUGGAGGCCGCCUCGUCUUCGUCGUCGUCCGCCGCCUCCUCCGGCGCGGCCGGCGCGGCCCCGAGCGCCUGCAAGAGCGCGGGCGGCGGCGGCGGCGCGGGCGGCGGCGGCGCGGGCGCCAAGAAGGCGAGCUCGGGGCUGCGGCGGCCCGAGAAGCCGCCCUACUCGUACAUCGCGCUCAUCGUCAUGGCCAUCCAGAGCUCGCCCGCCAAGCGCCUGACGCUCAGCGAGAUCUACCAGUUCCUGCAGGCGCGCUUCCCCUUCUUCCGCGGCGCCUACCAGGGCUGGAAGAACUCCGUGCGCCACAACCUCUCGCUCAACGAGUGCUUCAUCAAGCUGCCCAAGGGCCUCGGGCGGCCGGGCAAGGGCCACUACUGGACCAUCGACCCAGCCAGCGAGUUCAUGUUCGAGGAGGGCUCGUUCCGCCGCCGGCCGCGCGGCUUCAGGCGGAAGUGCCAGGCGCUCAAGCCCAUGUACCACCGUGUGGUGAGCGGCCUGGGCUUCGGGGCCUCGCUGCUGCCGCAGGGCUUCGACUUCCAGGCGCCGCCAUCGGCGCCGCUCGGCUGCCACGGGCAGGGCGGCUACGGCGGCCUCGACAUGAUGCCCGCGGGCUACGACGCGGGCGCCGGCGCCCCGGGCCACGCGCACCCGCAUCACCACCACCACCACCACGUCCCGCACAUGUCGCCCAACCCGGGCUCCACCUACAUGGCCAGCUGCCCGGUGCCCGCCGGGCCGGGGGGCGUCGGCGCGGCCGGGGGCGGCGGCGGCGGCGGCGGCGGGGACUACGGCCCGGACAGCAGCAGCAGCCCCGUGCCCUCGUCCCCGGCCGUGGCGAGCGCCAUCGAGUGCCACUCGCCCUACACCAGCCCCGCGGCGCACUGGAGCUCGCCCGGCGCCUCGCCUUACCUCAAGCAGCCGCCCGCCCUGACGCCGGGCGGCACCCCCGCGGCCCCGGCCGGCCUGCACACCAGCAUGUCCACCUACUCGCUGGAGCAGAGCUACCUGCACCAGAACGCCCGCGAGGACCUCCCAGUGGGGCUGCCCCGGUACCAGCACCACUCCACGCCGGUGUGCGACAGGAAAGACUUCGUCCUGAACUUUAACAGCAUCUCCUCCUUCCACCCCUCGGCCAGCGGCCCCUACUACCAUCACCACCACCACCAGAGCGUCUGCCAGGACAUUAAGCCCUGUGUCAUGUGAGCGGAGGGAGGGGCCGCGCCAGG